CCCGCGCGCCGCGGCCACCCCCUCCCGGCCGGCGGCCUUCGCCAAGGUAGCGCCCCAGGUGCUGCUUCUUUCCUGUCUCAUCAUUUCAUUCUCUGUCUUUUUCUUUGUUUUUUAACAAUACCCUGUCGUUUCUGCGCGCAGAGCCCAGGAAUCUCUGCUUCGUCUAAUCUAGGGAUUUCGAGUGGGGCGUCUCGAAGUGUGACCGUGCUCCCUCUAAUGGUAAUUAAGAUUGCGGACUAUUUCAGAAUAGCCCCUUUCAUCUUACGUAAUUACAGACCCAGAGCUUUCCAAAGAAGCUCCGGAUUUCCGAGAGAUUUCUCUCGCCGUCUCUGCCCUUCUGCGCGCGCGCGCGUGCGCGUGUGCGCGCCACCGUUCAUCCCGGCGCUAGGAAACUCGCUCGGGGCCACCGAAAAGUCAGGAGAGGCUCAGAGCCUUUCCCCCACGGAUUCCUCCCUUUCCGGAAACGUUGCUGCCAAAUAAGCAUGAGACUAUUAUUUUGGAGAAACAAUUAACCUCUACCAAAAAAUAAAUCCACCAGAGGGAAGGAGGGGAAGGCUGGAAGAGAAGGAAGCGGCUCGGAUUCGCCGGUGGAGGGAAGCGCUGGGCUCGGGGUUCCAGUCCCCUGCUUCAGCACCAGGGGCAUGGACAGCGUCUCCGGAGCCGGCUGCAGCCGCAGGGCCCUCACGGCCGCCGCCGCGGUGCUGCUGUCGCCGCUGCCGCCGUCGCCGCCGCGGGCCCCCGUGCUCCCCGCUCCUCGCUGCUGAAAGGCGGCGCCUCCUAAUACCCGGCCUCGGGUCCCCUGCCAUCCGCUCCGCCGGCGACGGGGCCGGGAGGAGUACGCUCGCUCCACAGAUCCGACGCCAAGCAGCAACUUCAAGGAUCAUUUUUCCACGGGGGACUGGGAGGAAUCCGGGCGGAAGAGUAAAGUGGAAGUUCUCAGCAGCUCUGCGAAAUCAUGGGCUGUGCAGUGAGGGUCGAAAUGCUCAAAGGCCCACACUUGAAAUAAACGGAAUGUUCUUCGGUGGGUUGCAGCUGUUGUGGAAGUAGCUUUGCAGAGGAAGCUGGAGAUCUCCUCAAAAUUCUGCUUUAGAGAAACCGAAAAGUCUUCUAAUUUCUCUACUUGACAGACUGCUCUCCAGAAUGUGGAGAUUGCCAAAGAAGUGACCCCAGCAAAGGAAAAUACUGCUCUCCCUAAAUUCAAAAGACAUCCUUUGUGGUGCCAUAGCACAUGGAUUUCAGAGCCACCUGUGAGGAGACAAAGACAGGGACUUGUUUGCUGCAGGAUGGUAAUCAGGAGCCUUUCAAAGUCCGGCUGCACCUAGCCAAAGACAUUUUGAUGAUCCAGGAACAGGAUGUGAUAUGUGUGUCUGGUGAGCCUUUCUAUUCUGGUGAAAGAACGGUGACUAUCAGAAGACAAGCAGUGGGAGGAUUUGGAUUAAGCAUAAAGGGAGGAGCAGAACAUAACAUUCCAGUUGUUGUUUCAAAAAUCUCCAAGGAGCAAAGAGCGGAACUUUCAGGACUACUCUUUAUUGGGGAUGCAAUUCUACAGAUAAAUGGAAUUAAUGUGAGAAAAUGUAGACAUGAAGAAGUGGUUCAAGUUCUUCGGAAUGCUGGAGAGGAAGUGACCCUAACAGUGUCAUUUUUAAAAAGAGCACCUGCUUUCCUCAAACUCCCGUUGAAUGAAGAUUGUGCAUGUGCUCCGAGUGAUCAGAGCAGCGGCACCUCCUCUCCUCUCUGUGACAGUGGCUUGCAUCUCAACUACCACCCCAACAAUACAGACACAUUAUCAUGUUCCUCGUGGCCAACGUCUCCAGGCUUGAGGUGGGAAAAGCGGUGGUGCGAUCUCAGACUCAUCCCUCUGCUUCACUCUCGCUUCUCUCAGUAUGUGCCCGGGACAGAUCUGAGCCGGCAGAAUGCCUUUCAAGUCAUUGCUGUGGACGGCGUCUGCAGCGGCGUUAUCCAGUGCCUCUCCGCUGAGGACUGCAUGGACUGGCUACAAGCAAUAGCAACUAAUAUUUCAAACCUCACAAAGCACAACAUUAAAAAAAUCAACAGAAACUUUCCUGUAAACCAGCAGAUCGUCUACAUGGGCUGGUGUGAGGCCCGGGAGCAGGACCCGCUGCAGGACCGUGCGUACUCACCAGCCUUCCUCGCCCUGCGGGGCUCCUGUCUUUACAAGUUUCUGGCACCUCCAGUGACCACCUGGGACUGGACCAGAGCAGAGAAAACAUUCUCAGUUUAUGAGAUUAUGUGCAAGAUUCUCAAGGACAGUGAUCUGCUGGACCGGCGGAGGCACUGCUUCACCGUGCAGUCCGAGUCGGGGGAGGACCUCUACUUCUCCGUGGAGUUGGACUGUGACCUCGCCCAGUGGGAAAGAGCCUUCCAAACAGCGACCUUUCUUGAAGUGGAACGGAUACAGUGCAAGACCUAUGCGUGUGUGCUGGAGAGUCAUCUAAUGGGACUCACGAUUGACUUCAGCACAGGAUUCAUCUGCUUUGAUGCUGCGACAAAGGCUGUACUUUGGAGGUAUAAGUUUUCUCAGCUUAAAGGCUCUUCAGAUGAUGGCAAGAGCAAAAUCAAAUUUUUGUUUCAGAAUCCAGAUACUAAACAGAUUGAAGCAAAGGAAUUGGAAUUUUCAAAUUUAUUUGCUGUUCUUCACUGCAUUCAUUCAUUCUUUGCUGCCAAAGUGGCUUGUUUGGACCCUCUGUUUUUGGGCAAUCAGGCUACAGCUUCUGCAGCCACGGGCUCUGCCGCGACGAGCAAAGCGAAGCACGCGGCUUGACACGCGGCGCCCCGUGGAGCAGGGUGUUGCCCACCGCAGACGCCGGGGACGUGACGUUACCGGGUCGACGGCGGAGUGGAUCAAAGUUUCAGCCGGAAGGGGAGGGCGCGCGGCGGCUGGAGACGCUGCCCUCUGCGAGGCUCCGGCCGCGCAGAAGCUGCCGCCGCGCGCUCCCGCCGCGCGCUCCCGCCGGCCGCCUGCCCCACGGGGCCGGGAGGGGAGACGGGAAGGGUGUACAUAGCAUAGAAAUUGUAAGCUGCCUAUAAAUAAACACGCCUAUUAAAUGGUUAAUUCUGUAUUUUAGAUUACUUUGUACGACAGAGCCGUGUCGGGCGGGUCGGGCCGUGGCCCAUCAUUGUGUCCCGAGGGACAGAGAGGAGGCGAGAAGGCCACCGCGCGGCAAGGCGCACGCAGUCGCUCGUGGACGGAGGAUGCACUUUCAUUUGCUGCUGCGAACGCCUCCUUGUCUUCUCACCCCAUGACUUGACACUGGCGCUCCAAUUUUGUUUAUUUCAUUGUAAGAUAUCCUGAAAGGCUUCAAAGGAUAAUUAUGUUGAGCUAUGAUAGAGACACUGUGAAAUGGACUAUUCUCCCUGGAAUCACAGUUACUAAAAUGUUUUAUUAGCUGCCAAUGUCAACCAAAUAUGCCAAAAAUGUAUUCAUUUAAUUAUGAGUGAUGGAACCAUUCCUGAACCUCUUAUUGCUUCCUUCAUUUAAAAAAGAUUUAUAUUUUACCUAAGGAGAUUUAUUAUCAGCUUAAAGUUUCAUAAAUGUUCAGUGAUCCCAAAAAUUUUGUAGAGAAAAUAAUAGCAACAAAUAUGUUGUGAGAAAAAAAUUCUUUGUAAUUCUAAUUCUGCCAGUUAAUUGUGAACUGAAAUGUUCCUAGAAAGCAGUCUCAAAGUUAUUAUUUAUGUUAGUGAAUGGACAUCUUUUCAUUUUAGUAAUAUUUUAUGAGGAAUUAAGGUGAUAUUUGAAAAUAAAGGUUAAAAUCUCUAUCUUACCUUAUUAUGGAAAGUGACUAAAUGAUGCCAAGCUAUGCAGGUUAUUUUAGAUAUCAUAUCUUGGGAAUGUUCCAAAGCUGGAUAUUGGACAGCAUUGGUGGUGGGCACAUGACUCAGAUUGUAGGUAUUAUGUAACUAUUUGUAGAGCAUGGAAAACCUUCUCUGUCUUUCACUACAGCUUUAUUGAGAUCUGCUUUUAAACAGCCAUCUGCCUUUUAGAAAAAUAAAGAAAAAAACCCUUACUUUUUUAUUGACACACAUGCUCCCAACUAAACCAAAACAUUAGAGAUUUCCUUGUAAAGAUAACCAAGUAUUUAUUAAAGUGAUACAAUUCUCUUUUUUCAAAUAAGAGAAAACAGUGACUCAAGAGGGAAACAAUUAUUUGUAUAAAGAACAUAUCCAUUAAAUUUUUAAAUAUUAAUAUCAAACUUUUUUCAUAAUUAUUACAAUUACUAAUUCAUUUUGCAUCAGAUUAAUCCUCAAAUACAUCAAAUUGAAAAGAAAAGGUGAAGGUUUAUAGUUGUACAUGGGAAAGUAUUAAGUUGAAUAUGAGAUACCUUCUCAAAAGGUUAAUCGGACAGUAAACAGUUUCAACAUAAUUUAUUUUGACCAGAAAAUUAAAUAUGCAUCUGCAGUUUGGAUAGCACAUUGGAAUUAUUGCUCAGUGUAUUGAUCAAACACAACAGUCUUGUAAAAUCUGAAGCCCAUCAAAGCAGGUUUCAUGGUGCACUUGUGAACUUACAGAGAAAGACCAGGAAAAGGAGUGGGAUGUGUCCCCCUUAGUACUGGAAGCAGUGGUAGGCAGUUCAUUGCAGAACCUCUGCUGCUAGUUAUAAUUAAGUCUCACCCCAUAUUGGGGUGACAUCAGUGUGUCUCCAAGUUGAUAAUCCAAUUUGAAGGCAGUGUGACAUGGGCUAGUUAUUCAACAGAAAAAACAAAGCAAAACAAACAAAAAAAAGUUUUUAAAAUUUGCAUACCUGUAAUUGAAUCAUUUAAAAAACUAAUAUCCAAUGUAAAAAUUCUGUCUUAAAAUUUAAAAAUCCAAUUUACUUAAAUAUCCAUUUUGUUAUAGCAUAAAAAUUUAGCCUGUGCUCAUGUGUAUGAUGCAGGAAAAGGUGAACAAUGAGAUAUGUAUGAAUAUAUAUCUCUUUGUAGAAUAAAUACACACAUAUAUAUUUACACAUAUAUAUGUGUGUA